UAGAUUCCAUUCUGCAAUCCCUAAUUGGCCAUACGAUGAAGCAGGGGGUGAUGGAUGCAGAACUACCAUUUCUUCCUCAAGAAAUCAUCAGAAACGUUCUCAUACGACUUCCUGCAAAAUCUAUAAUUCGAUUUCGAUGUGUCUGCAAACAUUGGAAAAAUCUCUUCAAAAACCCAUCUUUCAUCGCAGACCACCUCCACCACUCCAGAAAUCGAAACCCUUAUCUUCUUUUCCAACGGAACGGUAGAGCCAAUCCUUUGAACUUAUAUCUGCUCGAUUGCGAGAUGAAAGUCUGUGAAUUUCCGAAUGCUCCAUUGAUUGGGUCCUUGUUGGGUGCUACCAUCAUCGGUUCCAGUAAUGGCUUACUCUGUGUUCAGAUCGAUAGGAAUGGUAUCUAUCCUCCUUCCCUUUUGCUGUGGAAUCCAGCGAUUAGAGAGGUCAGACAAGUGCCCAGAACUAUUAAUGAUUUUGUGGGUGAUUGCCGUUUAGGAUUUGGAUACAGUCCUGUUGUUGAUGAUUACAAAAUAGUGAGAUCCUAUGCAAACUUUGGUGGUGCGAUUGAUUGGGUUGAAGUGUUUUCAUUAAGCACAGGGUCAUGGAAGGACAUAGAUUUUGGAAACUUAGGGGGUGUAAAACUAUUUUCAGAAACUGUCACUGGGUCAUGGAAGGACUUUGAUUUUAGAAACAUUUUAGAGGGUGCAAAACCAUGGGAAACAGUCAAUGCUGAUGGAGCAAUGUUUUGGUAUGGGUCAAAGCUAGGUGUGGAGCAGGGUAGAAGAGUUGAUAUUGAUUUCAUAGUUUCAUUUGAUAUAGCAACUGAAGUGUUUACGUUAAUACCAUGGCCUGCUUUAAACUCUAAUUCAAGUGCCAAGCUUACUGUUUAUGAUAACAAACUUGCUGUGCUUUCUAACAAUAUGGUUGGAGACUUUGAAUAUGUGAUUGAUUUGUGGGUGAUGGAGGAGAGGAAUGGUGUAUCUGGGGAGAGAUGUAGUUGGGCUAAGAAAUAUAGUUGUAGCCAAUUUAUGUACAGUUUAAAUCCAGCAACCAUUUGGAGGAAUGAAAUUGUCUGCAAUGUUGAUAGGCCUGGAUUUAGUAGCUUUAUGGUUGGAUCUAGACUGAUUAGGGAAACUGAACCUGAAGCAGAGGAUUAUGAACCAAAAACUCAUCUAUCUCUGACCAAUCUAAAUACUAAAAAAUUCCGGAUCUUUUCUGUCCGCAGAUGUCGCCACGAUCAUCUCAUUUUCAAUUAUGUGGAAAGUCUUGUACCAGUUGGCAACUACCAUGUUGAAGAGCCUUGAUUAUUACAUUGCUGGUUUACUUUGUUUUAGUACUUUUGGUGGAAAUGAUUACAAUUUAGAUUGUUUUGUACCUGUUAGGAUUGAUGUCCUUUAUGGAGACUUUUAUCUAGAGUGAUAAAUGCAGAAAUUCAAUAUCAGAUGUUCCUUAAUUUA